GUAAUGUUAUGAUCUACCUUCCUUAAACAGAUUUAAAGACAAGUUUUACAUAGUGCAAAUUGAGACAUUUAGGGUCUUACUAUGACAUUAUUCAUUCUCAUUAUUUUCCAAAUCUUCGGAACUCUAAGAUUAAACCUACACAGACAUAAUAUGAUAUAUUUAUGAAGAUAUGUCCGUUAUAGAUUAUCUACGACAAUUUUCACAUCUUUCAUCUAGAAAGUAUGAUUUAUAUCGACGUAUAUAUAAUCACUGGUGUCAAGGCUCUAAACUUUCUAUUGAUAAAUUAAAUAAUGCAUUUGAAGAUAUUGUACCAGUACAAAUUCCAAUUAGUUGUUAUACAUUAGUAUUUAAUCUAAUUGGAUUACAAGUUAUAGAUUAUCAAUAUAUUGAUUUUGAAACAUUCUGUUGUAUAUGUAUUGUUGCAGAACGUCUUAUAUUCUAUAAAAUUAUGAAGGACUCGAAUAUACCUAUACCAUCAAAGGAUAUUUUAGAAAUGAUAGAAUUUCAACGAUUACAAUGUCAAUAUACACAACUUAAUCUAAAUAAGAACAUUAAACAUUUUCUUGAUUUAAUACUUCUUUAAAAUAAUGAAUUGUAUAACCCCUUUAAGUUUAUAGCAAUUUCACUAUGUACAAAAUACAAAUAUACUACUUUAUAUUACAUAUUCUAUGUAUAGAACAAUCCCCCUACUUCGGUUUGAUCACCCGGGCAGUAUCUCAGCCCUUAUAUAAAUCAAAUGAGAUUUAUGUGGCGGAUAUUUGUUUGAUGUCUCCGUGUACCAAUGUUUAUGUGUUUAAAUAAAUAAAUAUAGAACACUCAUAAAUGUGAUUAAUGAUUUGAUGUUUUUCAUAACUACAUAAGAUUGUUUCAAAACAGAACUAGAUGCUGUGAUCGACAUUUAUAAAAAUGGUUUUAUCUUCAGUUAUUGCUUUAAUAACUGUUAUAUCCGGUGAAGAUUAAACUACAGGUAAAUUCCAAGGACUAUUCAUGGACUAAUAUUCUAUAAAUAUUCUUAUUGUAUAACUACUCAACAAUUACACUAUGGAUAUUUAUAUUCCUUUUAUGAUAAGCUUUAUUUUGGUCUAUAAUUUAUUAUUGUACGAUUUACGGUUCUUAAGUUAUGUUCAGUUUAUUAACUACUGCCUCCCACAUUCACAGCCACUUCUUGGGCUUAUUUGUGUACAAAUAUUAUUUCCUAUUUUAUGGUACGUUGCGGUCUGUGUGAUUGAUAUAUAAACCAAGUAUGCCUGAAAUAAACGAUCUGC